AUGGCUUCUCCUGCUAGAGGGCCGACUGAGAAACAUCAAAAUCCUCGCAGGGUCAGCUCUCAGAUCAAGGAUAACCACCCUGCCCACAGAGGGCAUGCACACAAUUCUACCCAUGAUAUGUACGUGGAAGAGCAUGCGUGGAUAUUUGCUUGGAUUUUGACUUUGAAACGGGGCUCUAAUAAUUCUUGCAAUUCAGGAGGAGCCAACAACCCAAACCACCAAAGCCAGGCUGCCCUUUUCACCAAAUCCCCAACCCCCCAGCUGUACCUCUACGCACCCAUCCGGCGAAUAUCCCUCACUUUGCCAGUCCAGGCGCGCGAGACAGCAUAUCGAACGUGCAUCGGGGCACCUGCAACAAUCUCACGCAACCUAGGGCUAGACACCAGACAAACCCGCCAAGUCCUUUACAACAAAAUCAACCUCAUCACCAUCAUCACCACCACCACCACGCGCCCGAUACCGUCCCAACAGAAACUCAGACUCAUCAUCCCGACGCCCACCAUCAUGUCCAUGUUGCACAGGAUGCCGCUCACCACAGAGUUACGCCUCCUGAGCGCGAAGAGGUCCAUCGUUCUAGCAGAUCAACUCCUCCCGACCAUAACAAACGUCGAGCACAUAUCCGCGAAGAAGAUUUGA